AUGGUAACUCCUACAAACAACACCAAGACUUACACCUUGAACAACGGUACCGUCAUCCCAGCUGUGGGCUUAGGUACUUGGCAAGCAUCUGAGGAAGGUGCUGCUUACAAUGCAGUCAAGGUUGCCUUACAAAACAAUUACAGGCACAUUGAUACUGCUGCUAUUUAUGGUAACGAGGAAGAAGUCGGUAAAGGUAUUAAGGAUUCUGGUGUUCCAAGAGAAGAGAUCUUUGUCACCACCAAGUUAUGGAAUGCAGACCAUAGAGACCCUGCCAGUGCAUUAGAUGCUUCUUUGGCCAAGUUAGGGUUGGAUUAUGUGGAUUUGUAUUUGAUUCACUGGCCUGUAAGCUGGAAAGCAGGUACUAACGAUAAUGAAACAGACUGGGAUUAUGUUGAUACCUACAAGGAAUUGCAAAAGUUAGUUGGUAGUGGCAAGGUUAAGGCUAUUGGUGUUUCUAACUUCACCAAGAAGAAGUUAGAAAGAUUAUUGGCUGAUCCAGAAGUUACCGUCAAGCCUGCUGUCAAUCAAAUCGAAGCACAUCCGUUAUUACCUCAACCUGAAUUGUACGAUUACUUGAAAAAGAAUGAUAUCUUGCUUGAAUCUUAUUCUCCAUUGGGUUCUACCGAUGCCCCUUUGUUGAAGAAUGCCACUGUUCAAGAAAUUGCAAAGAAGAAUGGCGUUGAACCUGCUGCUCUUCUUAUCUCUUGGGCUGUACAAAGAGACGCAGUUGUUUUACCUAAAUCGGUUACUGAUGCCAGAGUCAUCGCCAAUUUGAAGACUUUUACAAUUCCAGAUGAAGAUUUCGAUGCUUUGAACCACUUGGCCGAAAAGGUGGGUACCACCAGACCUAAUACAUUUAGUGAGUUCAUUGUUGCCGAUGAAGAAGAAUUGGCAUCUCCAUCUUACAACAAUGCCGCUUCUCCUCCACCAUCACCAGUAACUGGUUCAUAUACUACAAACAAUCCUACAAUAUCUUCGGCUAAUGAUUUCUUUAAACCUGGAUCAUGGGCUCCCAAAGUCGAUCUCUCAUCUGCAUUCAACCCCUUCAUGACUCAGCUGAGUGGAGCUAUCAAUGAAAACGACCAAGUACGCGAAAGACAAUACACGGGAGGUGAUACUUUAGACGAACCUGUUUGGGUUACUCUUAAACGAGAUCUUGCACAGAUUGGUAAACGGUUAGUGAUAGUGCUAUGGCCAUUACGAUUAAAGAAAUUGGCCAGACUACAACAAGGUCGCUUAAUUGAUUUUGCUGCGAGCAACGGUAUUAGCAUCCCCCAAUCGAUUAUUAGUAGUCGUCGGAUUUCUGUUGAUGAGAAUACCCGUGAUGAUGAAGGAAAUGGUGGUGGUGAUUUUAACACAGCUAUGAUGGAAAAUAAUCUCACUUGGGAUUUAUGGGGACCUUUGCUUUUUUCCUUAACUUAUUCUGUGACAUUAGGUUUAACAGCUGCAGGUGGAAAUCUGGCCAAUUCAGUGUUUUCUGGGUCCUUUGCAUUUACAUGGCUUUUAUACUUAGCAAUUGGAUUGAACAUUCAAUUGUUGGGUGGUUCGGUUUCAUUCUUGUCUGCCAUCUCGGCUUUAGGCUAUUCAAUGUUCCCAAUUGUUAUUGGUGGGUUAAUCUGUGCACUAGUUGUACAUUGGUGGGUAUUAAGAUUGCCAUUAAUGAUUAUAAUGACUAUAUGGAGUGUCUAUGUCAGUGCCUUGAGUCUAGAAUGCUCUGGUGUUUUACCUGGUAGAGUCGUGUUAGCAAUUUACCCCGUAUGUUUGUUGUAUACUUUGAUGAGUUGGCUUGUUGUCAUAACAUAG